ACCUCUGCGACAAAUCGACUAGUACUCGAUGAACAAGUCGACGACCACUCCAUCUCAUGACGACAGCAGCAGCAGGCACGAGCCUCCCAAAGAACUUGAGUUCCGUGACUCGGACGAGGAAGCGAUGGAUUCACCAUUGAGUGACCACACCCGGUCCGGACCCCACAUGGAUUCUCGCCACUCCAUCGACGGUACACAAGACAGCGAGCUAUCCCAGUCAUCGCCAACUUCCCCACUGCGAUCUCCCGUCGCAUCUCCGCGGGAAUUGCACCCCCUCGCACCAUCAUCUCAUGCGUCGCACCUGCCGCCGCGCCCGCAAGCUCCGAUAAGCCAAAGCCACCCCGUGCACCCACCCUCAACACACGACGAGCACGACUAUCACAUGCAUCGUCAAGCAAGUUGCUCGACGUUCUUCCUGGGCGACGAAAACCAAACUACGAUCGACGUCACGUGGAUGGGGGAGUCUCUCGGCCUGGAACUGCAACGUAUUAGGACAUCCAAACUUCCAUCCGUGGACGUCCUCUGGAAAGAAAACAUGGCGAGUGUCGGGGUCACAUUUGGCAUCGAACAGGUCACGCGGCAGGUCGUCGUAAAGCGCACCAGUCGCCACGACAUUGUUCCUGGCUACAUCCUCUCGUCGGCGAAUGGCCACCGUGUGAUGGAACACAACUUUGACGCGACGAUGAGGGAACUCAAGAUCGGUCACGACAGCGGUCGAAGCCAAUUACUGCAGUUCGUCCCGCCUCCCGCCGCACCACUUGUCAAAUCAGUGGACCCCCGUGGCGUGCUGGGCCGCGCCGGCCUCACCCACGCGUACGAGCUCAAGUCGGUGAAUGGCCACCAAACGCGGUACCAGUCGCUCGACCAGAUCUCGAUCGCGUUGCGCGACGCUGUCAAGCCCUGUGUGCUUCAUUUUGCCCUAAGCGACGACGCGCAGGAAUUGAUGCAGCUUCAAGAAACCGUCGCGACGGCGCGGAAUCAGUCGGGGGCGACUCUCGCAGCAGCGGCCAUCAUCGCUGCCGUGUGCAUUUAGAGACAAUAUCAAGUGAAAAUGGCACGCGUUGUCAACCAACGAUGGCAUAGUAGAUCGAUGAACGGCGCUAACUGAGUUGAUGGCAACGUUACGGAGAAA